AUGACCGAUAAAGACCUUCCCGGCUUCCCUGCACUGGAGGGGUUUGAUGCCCCAUCCGGAGCUGCUGAGAUCGAGGAAACCGAUGGUCUUGACUUCGAGCAACGUGAGGCCAAUGCAGGCCUGGCCGGCGAUUUUUCGGGGCAGGUCCCAACGAAUGCCGAUGACGACGAUGACCUACUGGGCGGUGUUAACAGCGAACACGCUCAACAAGUAGCCAAAUUCGAGGGUUCUUUCCCCGGCGCGGACACAUACGGACAGAAUGAGAAUGUCGCCCCUGGAGGAACAAUUACCGGCUCCGGUUCCCCCUUCCCCCCGACUGGAUACCAAAGCCCUCCCCAAGCUGAAGACGAGGGUGAUGCUGUUCGUGAAUGGCGUGAGAAGCGCGACGCUGAGAUCGCCCGCCGCGCCGAGGUCUCAGCAGAGAAGAAGGAAGCUACCGUGCAAAAGGCUCGUGAGAACAUCGACGACUUCUACGUUUCAUACAACAACAAGGCCGAAAAGCACCGUGCCCAGACCAAAGCUGAAGCUGAGCAGUUCAUAAACAGCCGUGAAGACACCUCUGCUGGUGGUACCAGCUGGGAGCGCAUUGCCAAGCUGGUUGAUGUCUCCGGAAAGGGCAAUACCGGUGGUGCCAGUGGCUCUGGUAAGGAGCGCUUCCGUGAGCUGUUGAUCGACUUGCGGAAAGACCAGGAGGCUCCGGGCGCCAGCGGGAUCUAG